AUGAACCAGAGUUUGCAUAAAGACGACAUCGGUCAGAUCCAGUCUGUCUGGUUUUACUUCAAUCUGAGACUAGGCCUGUCCUUAGACCAUCAGUCCCAGGUCGGACUCUGCAGGGACUCACUCUGCGGGGGGGUGGACUCACUCUGCGGGGGGUGGGACUCACUCUGUGCGGGGGGGGGGUGGGACUCACUCUGUGUGGGGGGGUGGACUCACUCUGCGGGGGGGGGGACUCACUCUGUGGGGGGGGGGACUCACUCUGUGGGGGGUGGACUCACUCUGUGUGGGGGUGGGACUCACUCUGUGCGGGGGGGGUGGGACUCACUCUGUGCGGGGUGGGACUCACUCUGCGGGGGGGUGGACUCACUCUGCGGGGGGUGGGACUCACUCUGUGUGGGGGUGGGACUCACUCUGUGUGGGGGUGGGACUCACUCUGUGUGGGGGUGGACUCACUCUGCGGGGGGGGGGACUCACUCUGCGGGGGGGGGGACUCACUCUGUGUGGGGGUGGGACUCACUCUGUGCGGGGGGGGUGGGACUCACUCUGUGCGGGGUGGGACUCACUCUGCGGGGGGGUGGACUCACUCUGCGGGGGUGGGACUCACUCUGUGUGGGGGUGGACUCACUCUGUGGGGGGGGGACUCACUCUGUGUGGGGGUGGGACUCACUCUGUGUGGGGGUGGGACUCACUCUGUGUGGGGGUGGGACUCACUCUGUGUGGGGGUGGGACUCACUCUGCGGGGGGGUAGGACUCACUCUGCGGGGGGGUGGACUCACUCUGCGGGGGUGGGGGGGGGGGGUAGGACUCACUCUGCGGGGGGGUGGACUCACUCUGCGGGGGGUGGACUCACUCUGCGGGGGGGUAGGACUCACUCUGCGGGGGGGUGGACUCACUCUGCGGGGGGUGGACUCACUCUGCGGGGGGGGUAGGACUCACUCUGCGGGGGGGACUCACUCUGUGUGGGGUGGGACUCACUCUGUGUGGGGGUGGACUCACUCUGCGGGGGUGGGACUCACUCUGUGUGGGGUGGACUCACUCUGUGGGGGGGGGGACUCACUCUGUGUGGGGGUGGGACUCACUCUGUGUGGGGGUGGGACUCACUCUGUGCGGGGGGGGUGGGACUCACUCUGUGCGGGGGGGGUGGGACUCACUCUGCGGGGGGUGGGACUCACUCUGUGUGGGGUGGGACUCACUCUGUGUGGGGGUGGGACUCACUCUGUGUGGGGUGGGACUCACUCUGUGUGGGGUGGGACUCACUCUGUGGGGUGGGACUCACUCUGUGUGGGGGUGGACUCACUCUGUGUGGGGGGGGGACUCACUCUGUGUGGGGGUGGGACUCACUCUGUGUGGGGGGGGGACUCACUCUGUGUGGGGUGGGACUCACUCUGUGGGGUGGGACUCACUCUGUGUGGGGGUGGACUCACUCUGUGUGGGGGGGGGACUCACUCUGUGUGGGGGUGGGACUCACUCUGUGUGGGGGUGGGACUCACUCUGCGGGGGGGUAGGACUCACUCUGCGGGGGGGACUCACUCUGUGUGGGGGUGGGACUCACUCUGCGGGGGGGUAGGACUCACUCUGCGGGGGGUGGACUCACUCUGCGGGGGGGUAGGACUCACUCUGCGGGGGGUGGACUCACUCUGCGGGGGGGUAGGACUCACUCUGUGUGGGGUGGGACUCACUCUGUGGGGUGGGACUCACUCUGUGUGGGGGUGGACUCACUCUGUGUGGGGGGGGGACUCACUCUGUGUGGGGGGGGGGACUCACUCUGUGUGGGGGUGGACUCACUCUGUGUGGGGGGGGGACUCACUCUGUGUGGGGGUGGGACUCACUCUGUGUGGGGGUGGACUCACUCUGCGGGGGGCUCUGGUCUCCCUCUGGUCUCUGGUCUCUCACCUGGUUGUUGGGGCUCUCUGGUUCCUCCAGGUGUAG